AGCUUUUAUUUAUUCAUCUCUUAAAAUUAUUACACACUAAAAAACCACCUAGUCUUGGAACCCAAGUUUCUGUUGUCUCCAUAUACAUUUCACUCUCUCUCUCAAAUGUAUGGCCACAAGAAUGAACAACUCUCUCUCUCUUGUUUGGCAACCCUUUGCUUUGCGCGUUAAAACUGAACAGGAAGAGUUUUUCUAGAGAGAGAAACAAACCUAUACAUAUAAACAUAUUGCUUGCUUGCUUGUUCCCGUGUUCUCUUUCUCUCUCUUUAUUGAUCUUACUAUGCGUGCAAGCUAUUACCAAACCUCUCCAAAGCAGGGCAGCAGAGGCUCAUUUUCUUGGUCCUUAACGGUUCUAACUCUCUUUAAGCUUCUUCAUUCCUCAUUCACCCCUACUUCUCUUUGCUUUACAUGAAGACAAAACUCCCAAAUCAUCACCUCCCCCCUUGUUUUUUUUAUAAUCACUAAUUCUGUUUUGUCAAACUUGUACUACUCCUCUAUCUGCGUCUUUCUUAAUCUCUGGUUCCUUGUUUGUUUUAAAAGCCUUCAAUAUCUGGUGCAUAUUCAUUCAUGCUGAUCUAUUAUGACAAUAGGAAUUCCUAAUCUCAGAAUAUUCUGUUGAAAUCUUGGAUUUGGUGUAGUGGUUUUGAAGGCUCUGAUUGAAUCUUGGGUUUUGUUUUUUUUUUUUUUUCUUGCUUUUGUUUGGAUCUGAAUUGAAGCCAUGGGAGGGCAUAUGAGCAAGAACAAGGCUGCAGAAGCUUCAUCUGCUAUGAGUCUCAACAAUAAUUUGCAGUACUCAACUGAAUUGAGCUCCUAUGAGGCUGCCUGCAGGCUCGACGAGGACUUGCAGUCCUUCGACAACAACCUCCAAGCGCGCACCAAUCAUGUCAUCAACACUCUGGCUGUUGGUGCUGAGGUUAGAGCACUUUCAUUUGAUUCCUUGAAGGAAGUUACAGGGUGCCUUCUAGAGAUGAAUCAAGAGGUUGUUAAGGUUAUUUUGGAAUGCAAGAACGACAUAUGGAAGAGCCAAGAAUUGUUCGAGCUUGUCGAAGAGUACUUUGAGAAUAGCUUGCAGACUCUAGAUUUCUGUACAGUAUUGGAGAAGUGCCUAAAGCGAACUCGUGAUAAUCAAUUGCUAAUUCUUGUAGCAUUGCAGCAAUUCGAAGAGGAAAGUGAAGCUGGAGGGAUAAAGUAUGUGAAGACUCUAGAGGAAUUUAAGAAUUUCAAGGCAGCUGGUGACCCUUUCGAUGAAGAGUUCUUUCAUAUCUUUCAAUCUGUUUAUAAGCAGCAGAUGUUGAUGCUUGAGAAACUGCAGCUUAAAAAGAACAAGCUUGACAAGAAGCUCAAGUACAUUCAUGCCUGGAGGAAAGUUUCAAGUAUGAUAUUUGUUGCAACUUUUGCUGCUGUACUAAUUUGCUCUGUCGUGGCGACAGCUAUGGCUGCACCGCCUGUGGCAGCAGCACUUGCAGCAGCAACUUCUAUUCCAUUGGGUUCAAUGGGGAAAUGGAUUGAUUCUCUAUGGAGAAACUAUGAGAAUGUAUUGAAGGGGCAGAAGGAGGUGAUUACUUCAAUGCAAGCAGGAUCAUAUGUUGCUAUUAAGGACUUGGACAACAUUCGGGUUCUGAUUGAUCGAUUGGAGAUUGAAAUUGAAGCAUUAAUGGUAAACGUGGAUUUCGCGAUUGAAAAAGAAGCUGUGAAGAUUGCAAUAGAGGAGAUUAAGAAGAAGCUGGGAGUGUUUAUGAAGAAUGUUGAGGAGCUGGGAGUACAUGCUGAUAUGUGCAGCCGGGAUAUCAGAAGGGCUAGGACUGUAGUUCUACAGAGGAUCAUAAGACAUCCCAAUCACUGAAAAGGAUGUGCCUCCAGUUACCUUCAACUGGUGACCACUGGUUUGUUAUUUUUAAGGACUUGUCUGAUCUUGUGUUAUAAUGAUUAAUUCCUUUAUUUGUUGUAUUUAGGACCCCCAGUGAUGGGAUCCAUGUUUUUAGAAGUUGAUUUAAAACUUUGUACUUCAUUUCACCAUUUUGUUUUUUAUUUUUAGACAAAAGAAUGGACUUCUUUUGAAUUUCUAUUU